AUGAAUAAACUAUUCAGGAACCCAGAUCUUAAUGUUAGUGUGAGAACUAUUAUGUGUGGUGAUGAGAUACUAUUCUAUGCAAAAGAUGUGGCGGAAUCCCUAGGAUACUCAAACCCAAAGAAGGCUGUUCAGGUUAACGUGUGGAACAAAAAUAAGGUAAAACUUAGGGAACUUGGAGGUGGGACCCUUAAGGGUCCCACCUGCGUGUGGAAUACAGGAAAGGUAACACCCCGGGAACUUAGAGAUGGGACCCUUAAGGGUCCCAUCAUUAGUAGUCAUCCAAACUGUGUUUUCUUAAGGGAACAGGGUCUGUACCAACUAAUAUUCAAAUCCAGACUUCCAAUAGCAGAGGCCUUCCAAGACUGGGUGGUUACGGACGUUCUCCCAUCAAUCCGUAAAACUGGAUUGUACAAACUACCAGAACCCGAGCCACUAUACUGCAAUCAGAUGAGACUAAUUAACGAGACGGUUCUGCACUAUGCAGUUGUAGAAUAUCUUAAAGAUUACCACCCAAAAGCUCUAAUUCUACCGGGACUAGGAAAGUAUCAGGAUACAUCACGAAAGAGAUGCGACGCCUGGAAUAAGGGGUAUCUAGGUGGGCAGCCUGAUCUCACAAUAGUUACUCCAUGUAACGGUUUUAGAGGAUUCGCAAUAGAACUCAAGACCCCAAAGGGCACAGGUGAACUCAGAGAUAAUCAGGUAGCAUGGAUAAGAGAGUUAGGUAAAAACGGAUUCCGAACACUGAUAUCCAACAACUAUACAGAGAUAGUGUUAUACAUAGACGAGUACUUUAGAGUUGAUAAUACAAAGAAACUCGUAAAUGAAAUAGAGAAUCUUAAGAUAAAGUGUAAGACGUUGGAGUCUAGUAAGUGUAAGGAAGUUGUAAUUAAAAGAAUUGGUUACACACCUGGUAAGUACUAG